AUGGCAGAGGUUUGCGCGGGUUUUACAUCCUUCGCGCGCAGUCCUCCUUGUCCCCCCCUUCCCACCUUAUCUUCCUUCUGCUCCCUGUCACCACCUCGGCGCACGUCGGCGACCUGCACCGCGCUCUCUGCUGCGACACUGGGCGCCUCCCUGGCCAGGCUCUCCACUGCCCGGGAGGCACUUGCGGGCAUUCUUAGUUCCGGUGUCAUCGCCUGCCUCCGCGCCGAGAGGUAACAUCUUCGUUUGCUUCCCAUCCCGUGCCACAUCUUCGCUUCGCUUCUCCUCUCGAUUUUUGGAAUUGCUUAAUCUCUUUGUUUCGCUCUAGAAAGGACGUUUUUGUUCCGCUUGAAAUAACAGGACGACAAAUGAGUUAAAGGGGGAUUUUAAUGCUGAAUUUUGAAUUUCAGUUUCCUUUAAGGCCAUAGUUAAAAAACGAGCGGCAUCCUUGUGUGCACGUCGUGGAUUUGACUCUGCGGUCCCUGUUUUCUUCCACCAUAAUGCUGUGGUAGUUUUGAUGAAAUUUCUCCAAUUUCCAUAUUUCGAUUAUUUUCUCAGCGCGGAGCUGGCGAUGGAGGCCGCCCGGGCUGCGCUCAAUGGCGGCAUCACAGUUGUGAGUUCGCUUUCUUUCUCUGACUGGGAUACGUUCUCUGCCCUACGCGUUUAUCAUUUUUUUCUUUUGAAGAUAUUUUGCUCAGGGAAACACCAUCAUAUGUUAUCUCAAUGUGCAGCUGGAGAUCGUGAUGACCACGCCUGGUGCAUUGGAGGUUCCGUUGCCUACGCCACUGCACUUGAUCUGAGGCUAUUUUCCUUCUCUUUCUGCUCUGAGACGGUGGUUCACCUCGUUAUCCUCUUCUCUUGCAGGUCAUAGAGGAGCUUCAGCGGGAGUAUACCUCAUCCAUCUUCGGAGUAAAUGAUUUCCUGUUUGCUUCCCCAUUUAAUUGAGAUGCUUCUUUCUUUUAAUACGGAGGAGCAUGCUAUUACAUGAGAUCCGGCGGAGCAUGCUAUUGCGUUCUUGCGGUGGAACACAGAUGAUGAACAUAAAUUCUCAAAAGCAGGGGCUAAUUAUUUAUCUUUUCAUGAUAUAUCGUUUUAUCUCCGUACACAUUGGGAGAUUCUCCGUUAUGGAAGGUAAAUAUGGUGUGGUGUGAUAAAAUAUGUAUGAGGGUGUCCCCGAAUGAAGACAGGGGUUUUUCUGGUAAUGAACUCUUUGCAUAAUUCUUAGUUUGCAUAACUCUUUGCAUAAUAAUACCAAGUGCCUAGAUUAAUAAAGAGCUACGACACACUCUUUGAUAUGAGAAGGGAUUAGAAAGCUAUAGGUUUGUUUAAAUGUUAUCACCAUAAUCUGUUUUGAGACUGCAGAUCGUUUUCCUUUGUUAAGAGAAUCCGAUUAUCUGGUUGCCCAAGAUGAUACCCAGCUAUUCCCAGAAUAUAUUGUGGUGGGUGUAGAAUGUUCCAUCUGCUUCUAUUCGCCACCAUUAGCUGGGGACUUUUGCUCUAGAUCUAAACCAAAGGAUACAUGAAAUAAAUAGGGUGCGCAAUAGAAUUUGAAAGACUGGAAUGUCCAAUAAGAAAAAACCGUCUCUCCUGGAAACAAAGGGGAAAACAACUGUUGUUCCCUAUGAAAACUGUACAGGGGGACAAAAGGAAAGAACAUAGUGUGGAAUCCUUUCGCAUACCCAUUUUCAAUAUGGUGCGCGAGAAAACAUGACAGUAAAGUGUGUCCUGUGAGGGGAAAUGGAGAAGUAUGUUCUGCUAUCAUACUAAGGACAAACAAAAGAUGAGAACAAGAUCUGACCUUCAGGAGGGUAACAAUGUACCAUAUCUGUAAUAUAAGUGUGUGUGUGUGUGUGCAUGCGUGCACAGAUAUGUGAUAUCAGAGCGAACAGUAGUCAUUUACAACAAAUUUUUUUCAUCACCACACCUCAACAACAUAUGUGAACGAAGAUACAGACACACUUUUUAAAGUAUGGUGAUAAAUUCCCCCACAUUUUACUGAAAAUUGCUUUUCUAGGUGGGCACUGUCUUAAGUAUUGAGGAUGCAAGAAAUGCUGUGAGCGCAGGAGCAAUGUUUCUUAUGAGCCCUGUGACAAUAAAGGUAGGCAUUAAGGGAUAAUCAGACCUUUAAAUUGCAUUGCUUAUUGGGAAUCUGUAGAUCCUUCUUGACUUAAUGGUUUGGUAAACGGUUAGCGUACUAAGGUAUACCUUGAUGCUGGUCCUGUGGUUUCUGGUUUAGGAAAUUCUGUUUGAUAUCCAAGGUGAAGAUGUUCUGUACAUCCCUGGAGCGAUGACACCAACAGAAGUAUGUCGAUGGGUUUAUACAUCAAUAUAAUUUGUAAUGUUUCUUAUAUUGUUACAUCCUAUUAUUCCUUACCUUUGGAUAAUGGGUACAGCUUUCCUUUUCAUCAUCUUCGUUUUCCUUUUUUUUCUCUUUCCUUUAUUUGUAUUACUAAGCUGGGAAAAUAACUUCAAUUAUCUUUUAUAUCUGCCUCACAGGUUUUUGAUGCGCACAAUUUAGGUGCAAGAAUUGUCAAGGUUAGUUCUGUAACAUUACUGUUCGGCACAAUAAUGAGCCAUCUGCAUAUGCAAAUAAAUUGGGCAAGAGUUCCCAUGAUAGUCAUCAGAUUCACUGAUUUACACUGUUUCUAGUUGGUGGUUUAUUGUGCCUCCCUCUUUCUACUGGAGUAAUGAUCGUACACAAGAGGUGAAUUUCGCCUCCAUGUUAGUUUUGUUACUUGGGCUGAGUAAUGUCUACCUUUCAAGUCUCAAGUUUCACGUAUCCAACUUGUAGACAUGCACACAUAAUCAGUUAUCCUAAUUGUCUUGGGUUUAUAAGCAUUUCCUCACUGCUUCCAAAUCCUUGUCUUGGUUGCAACAACACAACAACACAUGAACCCCUAAAUCACAAUACCAGCAGAUAAUGCCUGGAUUAGCUAAUUAAACAUUUCAACAUUGUGUUGGUUCUUUUAAUUCUUUUUCUUUACUUUUGGAUAAGUAUUAUGUAUUUUAAUUGAGUUUUUGAUGGAAGGCUAGGAUGAAGUGUAUUUUGGUAAAUAUUUUAUCUAUUUCAGACAACUUUGAAAUUUAGAAAUAACUCAGGAACUCCUUUCUGGCUGAAUGAAUAUCAGUAUCUUUUUGUAAUCAGAUGACCUUGGCGAAAUUAUAUAUUCAUAAACUAUUUAGUGACGAUAGGUAAGAAAUGGAAAAAAAAAAGUGAGUUUCUCGCUCUUGGCAUUCUUCCUUUUAAGUGUCAUUGUCAAUCUCACUGCAAAGUCAACUGUCAAUGCCUGUCAAUUUGAAAUCACUGUGAGAGCAAUCCACAAAUGAUGUUUACCUCUCUAUUUCAUUCUGACAGCUGAAAAAUCCAACCAAUGAGUUGGGUUUUCGUCUCUCACUUUUUACCAGUGGUGGUGUGUGGGCCCUUCAUCAUUUUGUAUUUACCGUGGGUUCCAACUGUUGUGUGGAUUAUAACUGGAAAUCUCAAAUACUUAAAAUACUGCAAUCGUAACUGAGCGUCGUGUGAGGCUAGUUUUUAUUCUGGAGAGCUAUCUUUGUGAUCUUGCUUUGACUCGAAACAGAGCCUUUCUGGUUACUAUAACAGAGGUGGAAAAUUGAGAAAAACCCUUAAUUGAGUCUCCUAUAGUGUCAUGGUAUUCUGGGAUAUCGUAGAAUCCUUUCAAUACCUCAGGGCAUCUAGAGAGAUGCAGCCAUCAGUAAUUAUGUUUCCUGGAAAGUUGUUUAGUGAUUCCUGGGGAUUAGAACUCUCUUGAUUCAGAGUUCAUGUUUUGUCAGUAAAGUCUCAUCAGUGCUUGUUCAUUUCGAACUCUUUUUCUUUAGGAUUUUGGGGGGAAUUUAUUUUUUUCACCAUGAAAUUCAUCACAAGAAAUUCACUUGAACAGUUUUUUUCACUCCAAAUUAUUUUUUUUGUCAAGUAUGGAGACUCCCUUGUUGUGAAGUUUGUCCCUCGAUCUUGCAUUUAUGUUAUUCCAUUAUUAUACGGUUUAUAUGUGCACUAAACUGAGGAUUGUUGAUUCAUCAGACUCCAAUGUUUUAACGCUUUUUGCUAUGUAUUAUAGAUUUAUCCAACCUCAGUUUUAGGCGGUGCCCAAUAUAUAUCAGUACUGAAGAAACCUUUUUGUCAUAUCCCAAUGGUUGCUUCGCAAGGGAUAACUAUAGGUCAGUAGCCUGAAUUUAUAAAUUAUUUUGUACCUUCAUGCUUCCCACUAUUUGCAUUGUUUAGCUCCUCUUCAAUUUCAUGAAAUGUCUGUGAACAUAUAUCAACCAGUUAUCCAUUCCAGCUGCAGGUUUCUUCGCCCCAUCUAAAAACAUUUGCAUAAAUUAUCGAUCUCCCCUGGUUUAAUGAUUGUCCUGUAGACCUGUAAAUGAUAUACCAAUAUUAGAAAUGAUAUUUAUCACUUUAGGACGGAUAUUAACUCAUCUCCUUUUUCGAUCAUUGUAAUUACGAUUAGUUUUUCUUCCUUUUUAGUUCAUGAAAUCGUUGGAGUUUGUGAUCCGUCGGAAAAAAGGGUGAUUGGCUCUUCCUAUUUGUUUCAUCCCCUGACCAAGAUCUUUUCAGACAGCAUUAUCCUUGAUCAACAUUUUUCCUCGAGUCUUCCUUGCUGAUUAAUUGGAUGCAUAAUUUUAAAUCAAUGUACAUAGUUCAUUUACCGGUAGCUAUAUAAAUGUAUUAUACGGGAAAAAUAUUUUUAAUCAUAUAAAUGCAUAAUUAUACGUCUUUUCUACUGCCAUCCCUCACCAAGUUAAACAUCUUCAUUAUUUCUACUGCACAGAAUAUUCAAGAAGACUAUGCUGUCAGCCGACAAGGAAUUAAGAACCCUGUCUCUCCUGUACUUGUAACUCAAAUUUUAACCCUAAUGGAGAAUUAAUAAGCUCCAUUAAAUUAUGAGAACCUACUAGAAAAAUAGAAAAUGACUGAAUGAAAAUAGAAUAGUCCUCACACUCUUCCACUUAAAUAAUUAUUAGUAUUUAGUAACAGCAUUUUGAGAAUGAAUUGACGAAAACUCGUAUAUCAUACCUCGCAAAUAUGGCACAGGACUUUGCAGGCGAAUAUUUAUUAGUGAGAAUAAUGAUUCAGGAUUGUCACAUGAAUUAUAUUUUUUCAUGCUUCAAUUUAUCAUUUUUUUUAUAGCAAUGCUCACUAAUUCAAUGAUGUUAAAAAUGAUAUUUUUUUCACAGCAUUUUUUGCCUCAGUUUUUCUUAUUGGGCUUUUAGUCUUAAGUAAGUCUGUAGAUACUUGUGGCUUCUUUUAGACCAUGCAUUAAGAUCUGACAUAGAUUAGCUACGUAAAAAUUUUCAGAUUUGAUCAAGACAUACAUUGACAGAGGUGCAUCCGCAGUUGUUCUCUCUGAUGCUAUAUUUGAAAAAGCGGCCAUGAGUCAGAGGAAUUAUGAUGCCAUAUAUAGACUGGCUGCGUUGGCCAGUUUCCAAGGCUCCCAAGCUGUAAAUCGGUGA